UGAACGCACCCCGCUGAGUACCUCGAUAUUGUUCAAGGGGAAUAAUGGCUGCACAGGAGCAGUCUCCACCAUCUUCCCUGGAAGGCAACAAACCAGGCUUCCCAAAGAAAAUUUUGGCCAACAGCCUCGAGGACAAGCAUUUGUGCAACUCGUGCCAGAAAGUGUUGCGAAGGCCCCUGCAGGCCCAGUGCGGUCACCGCUUCUGUUCGUUCUGUUUCAACAAAACUGUGAGCUCCGGACCACAGGAGUGCGGUGCUUGCAUUAAAGAAGACUUGUUCGAAGAACCCACCUCCAUUCUCAAGCAAGGCGGUGCUUUCCCUGACAAUGCAGCUCGGAGAGAAGUGGAGGCCCUGGCGGCCGUCUGUCCCAACGAAGGAUGCACGUGGACGGGGACCAUCAAAGAAUUUGAGGCCAGCCACGAGGGUCACUGUGACUUCAUGAUCAUCCUGUGUCCGUCCUGCAAAGAACUGAUGAGAGCCAACGAACAGGAGCGCCACAACGAGAGGGAAUGUCCAGAGAGGACGCUCAACUGCAAAUACUGCAAGGAACCCUUCCUGUUAAAGAACAUCAAGGCUCAUGAUGAAAUCUGUCCAAAGUACCCAAUGAUUUGCGAAGGCUGUGCAAAGAAAAAGAUCCCCAGAGAAAAGUAUGUGGACCAUAUUAAGUUCUGCAGUAAAUGUAAAGCACCAUGCAGAUUUCAUGUUGUUGGCUGCGAUACGUCUGUGGAGAAAGAGAAGCUCCAUGACCACGAGCGACAGUGUUCAUACGAACACCUCAACCUGCUCCUGCACUUCAUCAUGGGCAUCAAGCUGCAGCUCCAGAGCGAGAAGGCCAAGGUGGCCGAGCUGAGCCGCCGCUGCCAGGAGCUGGAGCUCAAGGUGGGCACGUUUGAGAACAUUGUGUGCGUCCUCAACCGGGAGAUGGAGCGCUCCUGCACCACCAUGGAGGCCUACAACCGCCAGCACCGGCUGGACCAGGACAAGAUCGAGAUCCUCAACAACAAGGUCCGUCAGCUGGAGAGGACGGUGAGUCUGAGGGACCUGUCCAUCGUGGAGAUGGACGGGAAGAAGGAGAUGUCGGCAGCCACGUACGACGGCAUCUUUGUCUGGAAGAUCUCUGACUUCACCAAGAAGAGGCAGGAUGCCGUGGCGGGCCGCCCCGCCAUGUUCUCUCCUGCCUUUUACACCAGUAAAUACGGCUACAAGAUGUGCCUGAGGAUCUACCUGAACGGCGACGGGACGGGCCGAGGCACCCACCUGUCUCUGUUCUUUGUGGUGAUGAGAGGACACAGCGACGCUCUGCUGAAGUGGCCUUUUAACCAGAAGGUCACCCUGAUGCUGCUCGACCAGAACAACAGGGAGCACAUCAUCGACGCCUUCCGGCCCGACGUCUCCUCCUCGUCCUUCCAGAGGCCCGUCAGCGACAUGAACAUCGCCAGCGGCUGCCCGCUCUUCUGUCCGCUCGCCAAGCUGGACUCAAAGAACUCCUACAUACGCGACGACACCAUCUUCAUCAAGGCCAUUGUAGACCUCACCGGGCUCUAGGUAAAAG